AUGGCCGGGUGUGGGCUUUUUUCUUCGUUGACGUGGCGGACACUCGGCAGGCCGUCUCAUGAAAGAAGUCGGCUUCGUCGCGGGUUGCGGAGGAACCACUCCAAGGCUUCUGCGGAAGAGACAAUAACUUCUUCCGAUGAAGAAGAAUUCGAUAGCAAGACCUCUCUGCGCCCUGGCACAGAUAGCACGGUCCCUGAAAAAGAAGCCCCGCCGCACCAUCAAGAGAAGUCGGAAGAAGCACACGAUACAGACCCCGGCUUACUGAAGAAACACUCUUCGUAUCUCUCCUAUUCGACCUCUGUUGCUACCUAUCCGUCUGUCCGGACAUUCUACCGUCCCCACCCGCAGAUGGACAAAUUGCCAACCAAACCCUCCCCGAUCCCGUUGUUGGUUUUCGUCCACGGGCUCGGGGGCUCUUUGGCGCAGUUCAAUCAUCUCCUUACCACCUUGUCAAAUGUCGGGCCAUGCUUUGGGAUUGACCUCCCCGGUUGUGGCCUGUCGGACUUCGCCCCGACUUCGUGGGAUGCGUACACGGUCGAUGCAAUGGCGGAGCUACUGGCCACCUCCAUUGAUCAGCACCGUGAUAAAGAGGCCGGGCAAGGCGUGAUCCUGAUCGCUCAUAGCCUCGGCUGCUCGUUGUCCGCGCUUUUGGCCUCCUCCGCCUCGUCAUUAGGCGGGGACCUGAAACAACACAUUCUGGGACUGAUCGCCGUAUGCCCUCGCGCAUCUCCUCCGAGCCCCAAGGAAGUCACGAGCUUCCGCCGCCUCCUCCAAAUCCCAGGGCCUAUCUUUGAUAUCUGGCGUUGCUGGGAUCGAAGAGGCGGCUUGCAUAGUGCCAGCGUCAACAGGCUUGUUGGCGCCGGUGCCGACCCCGACACCCGGCAUCUCCAAGUGCGGUACAAUAAGCAGAGCAAAACCGCGGUCUGGAGACGGAUGGCUUGGGGGACCCUUCCGGAAUACGACAGCAGUGGUAAGCCGACCGGCGGUAUCCCGGGACGCGAUAUCUGGGCUGGUGUGACUCUGCCUGUGCUUCUUGUGGCCGGAGAAUCAGACGCCGUUACGAAACCUGGGGAGCUCCGGAAAAUCCUCAACUUUUUUGGAGAUACGAAGUCCCAAGACCAGGACAUCACCCACCGCGCUCCUGAUGCGUCUCAAAUCCACGACCAAAAGCCUGACUCUGGCGAUGUUCCAGCAUCCUGUGUGGAAAAGGAUGCUGAUCAUCAGGCCGAGACGAAGCCAGCCCGGACCAAACGCUGUGUCAAGACCGUCGUUCUCCCUGCACCGGCCUCUCACGCGCUUAUCUACGAUCGUGCGACGUAUCGCACUCUGUCAGGGAUCAUCCAAGACUUCCUCCGAAAACACGUUGACCACCGUCUCAGCCUGGGAUGGCAGCUGCAGCAUCUCAACACUUCUGGCAAGUGGGAUGUGAAAAACCUGGUCAAGUGGCAGAAGGUCCCCCCUGUCUCGGAGCGGAUCGCCGACACUUUUGUCGCUCUCAAGAUGCUGCGGGAGGUGGACGAGGAGCAUAAUCCGCAACUGUUUGCUCAGAAGUACCGCGACCAGAUCUACGCGGUGAUUGACAUCAGUUACGAGAACCCGGUGUACAACCCGGCCUCGCUGGAACGAGGCGGCAUCCACUACCACAAGCACCCCACCGUCUCCAAGAUCCCUCCGACACCCGACGAGACGCGGGAUUUCAUCGCUCUGGUAGAUCGACUCCAGGGUGAAAUCACCGAGCAGAUGGAAAAGUCCGGGGACCGUGAGCGCCCGGUGGUGGGCGUCCACUGCCACUACGGGUUCAACCGGACGGGAUUCUUGCUCGUGUCGUACCUGAUCGAGCGGUGCGGUUAUGGUGUGCAGGAGGCGAUUGACGAGUUUGAGCGACGGCGACCACCGGGCAUUCGCCACGGACAUUUUAUGGACACGCUGUUUGUGCGGUAUUGUGUUGGGCUGAAGCGCGCCCCGACCUUGUAG